ACCACCCGGGCCAGAUCAGCAACGGCUACACGCCCGUGCUGGACUGUCACACCGCGCACAUCGCCUGCAAGUUCGCCGAGAUCAAGGAGAAGUGCGACCGUCGUACUGACUACAGAGGUGGACCCGAAAUCGAUAAAGUCUGGCGACGCGGCCAUCGUGACGCUGGUGCCCACCAAGGCGCUGUGCGUGGAGUCGUUCCAGGAGUUCCCGCCGCUCGGCCGCUUCGCAGUGCGCGACAUGCGCCAGACCGUCGCCGUCGGCGUCAUCAAGAGUGUUACCUUCAAGGAAGUCACAACGGGUAAAAUUACCAAGGCUGCCGAGAAGGCCCAGAAGAAAAAAUAACUAUGGGGCAUGUUAAGCAAUGUAGUGCAGCCGACCAGCACCUGCAGCAGCGCGGCGGCCGGCGGCUGCACUACCGCCCCGUCGAGUCCUAGCCGAGUCCCGCCCCCCCUAGUGUCUCCCCGCAAUCGGAGCUUCUUCACUGGUGACAUCACGCUCGCCCUCUACGUAUGCAUUUAUCAUAGCACGAUAUUCUUAAAGUUAGUUCGUUUUAGUUACGCUUACGUGUUAAGUUUAUAUCUUUGUGAUUAUUUUAGUCGUAAGUUACUCGCCAAGUUUGAGUUUCCGUAUCUGAAAGCUCGUUACGUUUUAUUUUUCCAUCGCAAGGAGUUUAGGAGGAAAAGCAAUGGAGUGGUGGUUGGAUUUUUAAACCAAUUCCGUGCACAGAACAACACCAUGACUGCUUCGUGAAUGUCAUCCGACUCAUUCUGACACCUAUUCUCGUUGAUAUGUAUUUCUUGAUCAUUUCUAAUUGUUAUAUUUUAUUUGUUAUAUUCUAUAUAUUUUUUCAGUAUCACGUUUCAAAUUGUCUUCUCAUAAAUCCAUAAUAUUAUAAUAUUCUGGUUUAUUAAUGAAUAAAAUUCAUUGUACUUAUUUAUAUUUUUAAUAUGCCUAGAUACGUAGGUGUAAGUAUUAUCGUAUCUAAUUAUUUCACGUUAUAAUGGUCGAAGAUUAUUGUAAAGUUAACAUCAGCGUAGUUAUUGAGGGAAUUUGAUUGUAAAUCAAUCCCCUGUAGUUAGCAGUAUGACUAAAGCGUUAAAAACGUAAUGAUAGAAAUUUUGAAAUGUUUGUAAGGCGUAGUUACCUAAUUUUUGUUCCUAGUAUUUAAAUGAAAAUGAAUUAAUUUGAACUUCUGUGUGAGGGUUUGAAUAUUCAAUUCUAAUCUACCCAUUAAAACUGUUUCCAUAAUCUUAACUGUUUAGAUAUUCUUACGUACGGAAAACAAACUCGAGACUCAUUUUAAGCUAAAUGUAACUUUGUAAUUUUUUCAAUAAUUUUGUAAAGACCUUGAUCCUUGAUAAAACCAAUAAAGAAGCUACUGGUA